GCACAGUACACCUUAAACAGAGGACAGACAACAUUUUAUCCCCUAUUUACAGAGACACCCUAGAGAUGACUCACAGCUACAAUCAAGAGGCCGACAGAAAUGGAGAUCUGUCUUCCUCAGACGAUGACUCUUUAAGCUUGUUGCAGGAUCUCAGCGCCUGGCAAAACAGAGGAGCAGCUGAGGUCAUCCUCACAACUGAUUCAGGUCCAGAAGCUGAGGACAAAGAAAUGAAAAAGAAAACAGGGGUGAACAUAAAUGAGCACAAAGCAGCCGAGCCUGUGAUGUCCAGCCGUAUUCAGCCCACAGCAGGCUGUGCAGAGCCUUCAUCACAAUCAGCAAAAGUCUCACGGUGUGUGAAAAUCCCCAAAACGACCCUUCACAAGAGAAAUGGGAAGGGAGAGACUCUUCUGCACACUGCGUGCAAGAAAAGAGAUCUGACUCAAGUCAAACUGCUCAUUCAAGCCGGAAUCAGCGUCAACAUGGAGGACCACGCAGGAUGGACGGCUCUCCACGAGGCUUCUGCAGUGGGCGAUGAAGCGGUGGUGGAGGAGCUGUUGAAGGCUGGAGCUGAUGUUAAUGUUAGAAGCUGUGAUGGAGUGACACCUCUACAUGAUGCUGUUUACAGUGGACACUAUCAGGUAGUGAAACGUCUCCUAGAGUUUGGUUCAAACGCCAGCGAAAAGCACAUCGGUGGCCUCACGGCGUUCGACAUGGCAAAGGAGGAAAGCAUCAGAGAGCUGCUCAGGACUUUCCAGGCACCUUCUGUCACUCAUACAAAGUCCUGUAAUGCAUCAGCACAGCACCGACAACCAGAGCCUUGCUGCCAUGAGCAGCUCUCCUGCCACAGCAGCUGCAGCUACAGUGAAACAUCAGACCUACAAUGGAGGAAAGCAGGUGGCAGAGACAGGACCAGAGGGCCUGGAGACUUUCAGCUGAGCGGGAAAGACACCAACACUCAUAAUGUGAGAGCUCUUCAUUACCGACUGGCAGCUGAGGCUGGAUUUAAUCCAAGUCAUGCAGAGGCCAUAACGGUGGUUUUGGAGGAGGUCAGGAGGAAACAAACAGAAGUGUCAACUUGGCCUCUGACAAGUCUGAAGGAUGCAGGCAGAUAUCGUGACGCUCUAGCAGAGAUCCAGAGGGUCCUGAUUGAGGUGCUCGCCAAGCAGCACUCGGAGAAGGACAAGCUUGCCCGAAAAUAUCGGAGCGUGCCUGUCUGCCUUCGGCAUUGUGUGCUGAAAGGCCAGCUCUCAUCCCUUGCUGCAUGUCAGAGAACCUUGAUGGAGAUGCUCCAGAAGCACAAGCAUUUGGUGGACGCGUACAUUACCACAAAAGCCAGACUUUCACCGGAUUCUUCAAAACCCAGAGAAACACGCAGCUGUAAUGAAGGCAGCCGUAAAGCAGCUGCACAGGCCAGUCUGCUAAGAUGUGCCCAGACAGCCAAUAGCUACACAGAUGCUGCACAACCAGGAAGUGCUUUACAACACUUCAAGUUAAUGAAAAGAGGAAAAAAUGCACUGAUUCAGACCAGAGCCAAGGACAACAGCAGAUGUCUCUCUAAGCUCAUACAGGGGGGGGUCAUCUCACCUGGAGGUGCUCUACAGCUGCUGUGGAAGGGUCACUGUCACUUUGCUCAGGUGCUGGCUGAUGGUUCCAUACUGAGUAAAGGAAAGGUGCACCUGGCUCCUGAAUGCUGGCUCGAGUCGAUCCUUGGGAACAACAUCCCGGUCGGCUCAGCAUACGCCUGGGACAAGGUGACAUUCAAAAGCAGACCUUUGUCUUAUUACUUACUGAAUAUGGAGGCUGAAGGAAACACAGCACAGAGAUCUCCUGAGGAAAACUGCAGGGAACGUUCUUCUCCGGAGACGAUCACCACAGAGACAGGCAGCUUCAACCAUCUCAUGAAAAUCAAAAUCAUCCAUUUGGUGGAUGAUGAAGAGCUGCUGCCGAAUGCUCUAAUGGACAGCUACUGGGACAAACUCAUAAAGGGAGAGUCUGAAGACUGGGAGAGUUAAUUAUUACAACUCUCUCCUCACAUUUUGUCCAUAACUGUGCUUGUAUAAAGAGAUUAAUGUGCUGAGUUUAGUGAUCAGCUGCAUUCACUGUAGUGCUUCUGAUAGUUUUCUAAUUUUUUUCUUAAG